AUGGACCAAGACAACCCGCCGGCGCGCCCUGCCGUCAAGUCGAGGAAGCGUCCGCAAUCCCGCGCCUCGACCACGUCGGUUCACAGUGCCGCAACGCAGCCUACCUUGGAUCAGUCUGCCUUUGCCGACUCAUCAGCCAUGUACGCCGGCCAAUGGAUUCCCAAUGACCAUGGUCACGGAAAGGACAUUGGUACUGGACCCCAAAUGUCCCCCGAGGAUAUGAUUCUCCAAGCUGCCACUCAUAUGCAGACGGCAAACCACGACUUCUCAAUGGAUGGAUCAAUGGGAGCUGCAAUGGCUCAUCAUCACCAUAUUCCCUAUCAGCAACAACAGCACGCCAUGGCCAGACAUCCUCUUCCUGCCGAGCAGUACUCGGCAGCCAACGCGAGCUUUACCGAAGGAGACAGUCAGAUGUUGGACCGGGAUGACAACGAGGAUGGUGAUUCCAUGUCUGGCCCUAUUGGCACAGGAAAGCCCGCUGCGACUCGAUCCAGUGCCAACAACGAACUCGAAAUGAGGCAGUUGUUUACGGCAAACCGCCAUCGUAACCUUCAAGAUGUCGCUGGAGAACUACACGGCAAUGAACGAGGUCCCAACUCGGAGCGUACCCGUCAGGUUUUCGCAAUGCUUUGGAUCAAUUCUGUCUGCUCCAAAGGCAAAGGUUCCGUCCCUCGUGGCCGCGUAUAUGCAAACUAUGCAUCACGUUGUGCCACUGAGAGAAUCACGGUCCUGAACCCUGCUAGCUUCGGAAAGCUGGUCCGAGUUCUCUUUCCCGGCCUCAAGACUCGUCGUCUUGGUGUUCGUGGGGAAUCCAAGUAUCACUAUGUCAAUUUCUCACUCAUUGAUGACCAACCGGAUUUGAGGGAGUCACAACCACCACCACCCAAACCGCUUACCGAAGCCAAGAGUCUCACUCAAAGUUUCCACAACUCAACCUCUCAGGCCAACACCACCAGCCGCGCACCGCUGCCCUCGCCUCAAGACGCCAGCCAAAGCCAGAAAAGUUCCGGUCCAUCCAAACCCUCCAGCAGAUCACACAGUCUAUACAACCAGCCCGACUUGGCUAGCAUCGAUAAUAUCAGAAACACCUCAACCAAGACAGAACUUGAGCUCUCUUUUCUCUCUGCCGAAGAUGCUGCGGUGGAUCAGCAUGAUAUUCUCGCCCUCCCAGCCAUUGAGCUUUAUCUCCCUCAAGGGACAGAUCCUGAUGCUGCGAAAUCGCUGUCUGCUCUCUACCGUUCACAUUGUACAUCAUUAGUGGAGUGUAUCCGGUACUGCAGAGAGAAGACCUUCUUUCACUUGUAUACGUCGUUUCAAGGCACGCUUACUAUGCCUGUUCAAAAGCUGUUUGGACACGCCGCUAUCGCUCCGUGGAUUGAAGGAUGUGACUACGUCUUGUAUCAACGCAUGAUGAGCAUUAUUUCCGGGCUUACCCUUCAAGUGGUACCCAAACCUGUUCUCGACACUCUCCGCAACAUUUCUGAGAGACUGGUACCUCAUAUACGCGAGUCCUUCCAGGGGCAGCCGCAACACGUUCUCUCUGCCAAGGAAGCUCCCGCAGCUCUGUUUUCUGGUCUGAUAGACCGCGCACUGCGUGUCAAUUUGACAGCACACGCAGCCGCUAACAUGUUGUCGAACCCCGCCAACAGAGACCAAAUGUAUGUUGAUUGGAUUACCAUGAUCCGUGCCAGGAAGAUUGCCGAGUGUGUGCCCACCCGCGGCAUGGACGACGUCGUGGAUAUUCUGGUGUCAGAGAUGCGAGAUCUCCUUGACCCCGUAAAUGUGCCGUGGGAGGUUGAGUGCCUCACAAUCUAUGGGGAUGUGGUCGCUCGAAGUGGCAGACAAACGGACGAUGGCAGCGGAGCCAACUCAACGGGCCAAAACGUCCUGGAAAGAUGGGUCAACUUCUUGCAGACUUUACCAAAUAAGUUCACUUAUGCUUCACACACAGAUAUUGUCUGGUGUGUAGAGCGAGUUGGCACAGCGGUCAUGCGAGAUCUCACACUCGCCCAAGGCAAGAGUUUUGGUUCCUGGUGGGUAACAAAGACAUGGGUUGACGAGAUGGUUUGUUUCUUAGCGGAACAGGGUGGUUUCAUGAAGCAAAAGCCGCAGGCUCAGCAACCGACCACCACCCCUGCCAAUGCUGAGGCGGCAGAGAAGGAGACUAGUCGUCAAAAUUCACGGUAUAGCAGUGGCAGUGAUGACUUGAACCUCUCCGAUGUCUCACAGUCGCAACCUGGAAGGGCUCCGUUCCCACCACCGCCAAACAGCAACCAGGCAUCACUAGGGGUGAGUGGUGGAGAUCCACACGACGACAGCGGGAUUGGUAUUCGAACACCAGAAGAAGACUUCCCGAUGGACAAAUUCUCCUUCACAGGAACAGAGAAUGUCGGAAUGACGGGAACAGAGUUAACAGCUGGGGCGGGUUUGUAG